ACUCUGGUCCACACUCCACUACAGCAGGUGGCGGAAAUGCACCGUUCACUGGAUGCCAUCCGCCAAAAAACUUAAAAAGAAGAAGAAGAAGACUAGACGCAGCCACAGCAUAUCGCUGCCCUCCACGGUUCAUUUGUCGAGCUCAAUUUUGUGAUUCACAUUGUUAUAUAGAAUCUAGUACAAUGUUGAACAUUUUAAUUACGUUGUUUCACAUUUUUGACGGUGACAAUUUGACUUAAAGCAUAUUAUGCUUCCUUCUCUCUGUGGUAGUUGGUCCCCAUCAAGGCGUGCUUCACAAUGUCUUCAUCCCCACAGCUGUGUUUGCCAGCUGGAUGCUUAGCCACCAUCGCCAUCCCAGCGAUUGUAUCCACAGUGACCUGCCAGUCUCUGCUUAGUUGGGAACACAUUGUUGCUCCUAUCCCUUCUUGUAUUUGGCUCCUGCUGCAAUGCUGGCUGUAUACAGAUAACAUUUUAGAAACCUGCCUCUGUUUUCUUCCCAUUGUUUUUGUCGAAUGUGUGGCAUCCCCUUUUUUAUAAACUGUAAGGAGGUGGGAUUUCAAGACAGGGGCGUGACUUAAGCUUAUUUGCAGGGUCCUGUACCCACGACUUGCAACAAACCCAACCUAAUCGCGAGAGUUUUGCAACUUGAGGUUUCAAUUCUAAACUCUGUACACACCUGUCCCCGCUCUCAUGCAAUACCCCUCCUCGUCGCCAGGAGUCAGUAUUGGGUGAACUGGUAGCAACAAAAGCCCAUCGAUCUACCCCCGUGACCCGGAAGUGACUGAGCAAGGAACUGUCGCAAAUGAGCGGCGCUUUAUGUCAAUACGCUUUGGAUAAUUUCUUUUUUUUUUAAAGUUAAUUUAUCUGGCACGAAUCGAUCAUUACUGCAACAUGUUUUACCAUAUAUCUUUGGAGCAUGAAAUCUUACUACAUCCGAGGUAUUUUGGCCCUAACCUCCUCAACACUGUGAAGCAAAAGCUUUUCACAGAAGUGGAGGGUACCUGCACUGGCAAGUAUGGCUUUGUCAUCGCAGUCACCACCAUAGACAACAUUGGAGCAGGUGUAAUACAACCGGGGAGAGGGUUUGUCCUCUACCCAGUCAAGUACAAGGCCAUUGUGUUCCGCCCAUUUAAAGGGGAGGUGGUUGAUGCUGUGGUCACUCAGGUCAACAAGGUUGGAUUGUUCACAGAAAUCGGCCCCAUGUCUUGCUUCAUCUCUCGCCACUCCAUCCCUUCAGAAAUGGAGUUCGACCCCAACUCCAAUCCUCCUUGUUAUAAGACAGUUGAUGAGGACAUUGUAAUCCAGCAAGACGAUGAGAUUAGGCUAAAGAUUGUGGGAACAAGAGUGGACAAGAAUGACAUUUUUGCCAUUGGAUCCCUCAUGGAUGAUUAUCUGGGUCUUGUGAGCUGAUUCGCCCCAGAGGGAGCACAUCUAACAUGGGACAUGUUAUGUCGUAGAUUAGUUAUUUUGUUAAAAUGUAUAUUUUCUACACUGUUUGAUAUGGUAUCGUGACAGGUUUAGAAGCCCCAUAGCGCCAUCAUUUUAUUAUAAUGCUCUACACCUUACAUUUGUUUUAUUACUGUCAAAAUAUGAAAUGUUUGCUAAAUCUUUCGCAAGAUGACAUACAAGCUGAACAUUUAUUGUUUCUUUGUAGCAUUCACAAUUUCUAUCACCUAUGUAUUGUUUUUUGGACACUGACUAAUAAAGUUUUUUUAUUUGUGA